UUGCAGGUCCUCCAGGUAUGGAUCUCUGGCAACUGCUGUUGACCUUGGCAGUGGCAGGCUCAAGCGAUGCUUUUCCUGGGACUGAAGCCACAGCAGGUACCCUUGGCAGAGCAUCCCAGAGUCUGCAAAGAGUUAAUCCAGGCGUAGGAACAAAUUCUUCUGGAAAGCCAAAAUUCACCAAGUGCCGUUCACCUGAACUAGAAACUUUUUCAUGCCACUGGACAGAUGGGGUUCAUCACGGUUUAAAGAGCCCAGGAUCCAUACAGCUGUUCUAUAUUAGAAGGUACCGCCUUCAUGCUUUUCUGACUUUUCUCUCCAGGGAUUCUCUGAGUCUGCGGAAACCGCCCCAUGAGGCUGGGCAGACAAGCGAGGGAGCAUUGCUGAGUGGUCGGAGGGACAGUACUAGCAGCAGUAUGGAAAUGAUUGGUCUGUUCAGAAGAAAGCACUGCAUUAAUAUCACCUGUGUCUCUCUGUGUACUAAUUCUCUGUUGAAAUGCCCAGUUCAACCAGAUCCACCCAUUGGCCUCAACUGGACUUUACUGAACAUCAGUUUAACGGGGAUUCAUGCAGAUAUCCAAGUGAGAUGGGAACCACCGCCCAAUGCAGAUGUUCAGAAGGGGUGGAUAGUUCUAGAGUAUGAAUUGCAAUACAAAGAAGUAAAUGAGACCCAAUGGAAAAUGAUGGACCCUGUAUUGUCAACAUCAGUUCCUGUGUACUCACUGAGACUGGAUAAAGACUAUGAAGUGCGUGUGAGAUCCAGACAACGAAACUCUGAAAAAUACGGCGAGUUCAGUGAGGUGCUCUAUGUAACACUUCCUCAGAUGAGCCCAUUUGCAUGUGAAGAAGAUUUCCAGUUUCCAUGGUUCUUAAUUAUCAUCUUUGGAAUAUUUGGGCUAACAAUGAUAGUAUUUUUAUUCAUAUUUUCAAAACAACAAAGGAUUAAGAUGCUGAUUCUGCCCCCAGUUCCAGUUCCAAAGAUUAAAGGAAUUGAUCCAGAUCUCCUCAAGGAAGGAAAAUUAGAAGAGGUGAACACAAUCUUAGCCAUUCAUGACAAUUAUAAGCCUGAAUUCUACAAUGAUGACUCGUGGGUAGAAUUCAUUGAGCUGGAUAUUGAUGACCCUGAUGACAAGACUGAAGGAUCAGACACAGACAGACUUCUACGCAAUGACCACCAGAAAUCACUUAAUAUCCUUGGGGCAAAGGAUGACGACUCUGGACGUACCAGCUGUUGUGAACCUGACAUUCUGGAGACUGAUUUCAAUGCCAGUGACAUUUGUGAUGGUACCUCAGAGGUUGCUCAGCCACAAAGGUUAAAAGGGGAAGCAGAUCUCUUGUGCCUUGACCAGAAAAAUCAAAAUAACUCACCUUCUAGUGAUAUUACUCCUGCUCCCCAGCAGCCCAGUGUUACCCUAGCAGAAGAAAACAAACCAAGAGCACUUCUUAGUGACGCUGAGUCAACUCAUCAAGCUGCCCAUCCUCAGCUAAGCAAUCCGAGUUCACUGGCAAACAUUGACUUUUACGCCCAGGUAAGCGACAUUACACCAGCAGGGAGUGUGGUCCUGUCCCCAGGCCAAAAGAACAAGGCAGGGAUAUCCCAGUGUGACAUACAUCCAGAAGGGGUCUCGCUCUGCCCAGCCAACGUUAUCAUGGACAACGCCUACUUCUGCGAGGCAGAUGCCAAAAAGUGCAUCGCCGUGGCCCCUCACGUCGAGGUUGAAUCACAAGUGCAGCCAAGCUUUAACCAAGAAGACAUUUACAUCACCACAGAAAGCCUUACCACUACUGCUGGGAGGUCUGGGACAGCAGAAGGAGCUCCAAGUUCAGAGAUGCCUGUCCCAGACUAUACCUCAAUUCAUAUAGUACAGUCUCCACAGGGCCUCAUACUCAAUGCGACCGCCUGGCCCUUGCCUGACAAAGAGUUUCUCUCAUCGUGUGGCUAUGUGAGCACAGACCAACUGAACAAAAUCAUGCCAUAGCCUUUCUUUGAUUUCCCAUGAGCUACAUAUUUAAUGGCAAAGAGUUGGCUGAGGCAUGAAUGCUCAAACCAAAACAAUGUUUAAACCUUUUCGGCGGAGAGAGGCAUGGACUCUAAAUGCCUUUACCUGAAAUGUGGACACAUGAUAUUAAAAAAAAGAACAAUUAAUCAGAUAGAUAUUCCUGUUGUGAACUGUAAAUAUUUUAAUCUCAAAGACUGUUUAGUGGCAGUGAUUGUCUUGUUAUUGUGGGUGUUAAUUUUGUGAUACUAAGCAUUGAAUGACUAUGUUUUUAAUGUAUAGUAAAUCAUGCUUUUUGAAAAAGCAAAAAAUCAGGUGGCUUUUGCAGUUCAGGAAAAUUGAAUGCAAAUCAUAGCACAGUUUAAUUUUUUUUAAAUAAUUGGAAACUAAAAUUAUAGGUAAGAAGACAUAGUUUGGAUAUGUAAAAUGUUUAUUUUGACAUAAAAUUGAUAAUGAUAUUUUUAAUAAUUUACACUUCAAGUAUGGCUAUUUUAUAUUACACUACACACUGUGUACUGUGGUUCCUACAGACCAUCUGAAGAAUGUAGCAACUACAGUCCAAAGUUGGUUUAACACUUUGGUUAGCGCACCUAAAGGAAAACAAACAACUUAGUUUUUUACAAGGCCCUUUUUAUACUUCCCCAAAUCCCUUAAACAGUUCUAAGAUGAUUGUAGUUACCUUCAUUAUUGGAACAUGCACAUUUUAUCGGAAUUUCUAAACAAAUACGUGUUAAUUUAGAAAACCGUUAAAGGUUUGCAUGCCAACUUACCAUGAACCCAAACCAACAAAAACUCUUUCUUGUCCAAAUUUGGGUUCACAUCAGAGAGCUACACACUCAGAGGAGUGGGAAGUAUAGCUGGUCCAUACCUAUGGGAUACUUACGUGCGGCAGCCUGCGGAGUGAGAUUCUGAGUGCAUGCAGAUGGUUGAGAGCUAAGCCCUGGGAGCUCUGCAGCAGGAUCUCUGCACAACUUGGUUUUAUUCCACAGUUACUAAGCAGGAAUAAGGUAUGAGAAGCAUUUUGUCUGUUGAAGCAAGUCGAAAGGCAGUUAACCAGAUAAUGGAAUAAAAAGUAAAAGAAAAUCGUUUUUGUCCCAGAACCUAUAGUCAGACACAGACUCAGUCACGGUAACAAGACACAAAAGAAACAAAAUUUAAAUCCCCACAGAUAACUUAAAACUUACUUAAACCAAUAGCAGAAACGUCCUUCCUCACCAAACUUUUUAUAGGAUUUAUUUAGUGAAAGAAGUCUCACCAUUGUUUAUUUCCCCUCUGAAUGGACUGGCCUCAGAACUGUCAGAAGAAAGAAAAGGGGCCUGAGUAAUUUACAGAGUAUCGUUCAAUCUCCUAAUAACCUAAACAUCACUCUUAGGAACACUGGGACUGGCCCCCAAAAAGAUUGUCAAAACAAGAAGAAUCUCAUCUCACUGAAGAAUGCUUCUCACUUUAAGGGGUUUUUUUAAAGGGUAAUUUAAGUUAGCUUUAAAUUAAAUAGUAUUUGCCAUUUAGCUCAGACCUUCUUAGGAAACAAACUUAAUGACUGGUGAUUUAAAAUUCCUUCUUUCUUGCAGGAAGGACAGUGAAAAGCUAGAAUUGGGUGUUUCAAGUUCAACAGGUCCCUUUGUGAUAGUUCAGUAGGUUCCCGCCAUCUUGCUGCUAUGGUUUUCUCUGAGCUACAUAAUUGAGUUUUACACACAAUUUCGUCAAUGUAGAGCCUGAUUCAACUUAAAACUGUGUGUUUUGGGAAAACUAUCUUACUAUUUCAAAAUAGGCUGACAACGAUUUCUAUAGCCAAAAAUAGCUAAAUACCUCAAUCAGUCUCAGAAUGUCAUUUUGGUACUUUGCUGGCCACACAAGCCAUUAUUCACUAGUAUGACUAGUUGUGUCCUGCAGUUUAUAUUUAACUUCCUUUAUGUCUGUGGAUUUUUUUCCUUCAAAGUAUAAUAAAUUUAUUUUCUUGGAUUCGU